AUGCUCAUGAUGAGGGGCCUAAUCUCAAGCGCGAAGCUUGUGGCAAGUAGCAGGGCAUGGGUUAAGCCAUGGGGUACGUCUUUGCGCAGCUACAGCUUGAUCCCAAUGGUUAUAGAGCACUCGUCUCGAGGGGAGCGAGCAUACGACAUCUUCUCUCGCCUUCUCAAGGAGCGCAUCGUCUGCAUCAACGGUCCAAUUAACGACGACACUGCCCACGUCGUCGUUGCGCAGCUUCUCUUUUUGGAGUCUGAGAACCCAUCCAAGCCCAUCAAUAUGUACCUCAACUCUCCCGGUGGCCAUGUCACUGCAGGUCUUGCAAUUUAUGAUACCAUGCAGUACAUUCGGUCACCUAUCAAUACCAUUUGUUUGGGUCAAGCUGCAUCAAUGGCUUCCCUUCUCUUAGCUGCGGGUGCCAAGGGCGAGAGGCGGUCACUCCCAAAUGCGACAGUUAUGAUUCAUCAGCCUUCAGGUGGGUACAGUGGACAAGCAAAAGACAUGACAAUUCACACGAAGCAGAUUGUUCGUGUGUGGGAUUCCCUUAAUGCCUUGUAUUCAAAGCAUACAGGGCAAUCCGUAGAGAUAAUUCAGAAGAAUAUGGAUAGAGAUUAUUUUAUGACCCCAGAAGAGGCAAAGGAGUUUGGAAUAAUUGACGAGGUCAUGGAUGAAAGACCAGUGGCUCUGGUGACUGAUGCAAUUGGCAAUGAAGGCAAAGAAAAGGAUAAAAGUUCAAAGUAG